UUUUCUUCCACUUGUGUAAGUUCUCCCUUCCUUUUUUUCUCUUUCUUUUCUCCAUUCUAUCUAUUUCCCAUAUACUCAUUGUGUAAAAAGAUGAGCCAGCGGCCUGUACAAGACAUAAGAGAUGGUGUAUCUGAAAUGAACAUCAAUGACACGAACAAUGCGUACAACUUGAAUCUCGAUGAUCAGUCAUUCAUGGCACCUCCUUGGAAAGAUAUUACUUCGUUUUUGGACCAAGCAACUCAAGAAAUGAAAGAGGGGGAAUUAAUUCAUUUGCAAUCUUUUACUUUGUUUGAUGCUAUGAGUGCUAUCGAAAUUAUGGACCCAAGAAUGGAUACUGGUAUGGUUAUAAUGGAAGAUGAUGGUGACAAGAAAGGUGCCGAUUAUGAUAUCAAUCAGACUUUGAAACCAGAAGAAUUACUUUGGAUUAUGGAUCAACUAUUGGCUUGUGAAAUGGCAUGGUUAUCUGGACAUUCUUUAGCUCAAACGGUAUACACUUGUAUCUACUUUCAUCAUGUACCAACUUUAUUGGAUAGACCUCCACCUACAUUGACAGAAUCAAAGAAUUUAGAUAAAGUUAUGCAAGCUGUUCUAAAGGCAUAUAUUUUGGGCUCCGUCAAGUGUUGUCAUCAUAUUUGGAAUGAAAUGGUGUCUGGCAACAUAUUCGAAGAAGAAGAUUUUACUACGAAUCUCUUUGGGUUAUCAUUGUAUGAAACUAUCUUGGAUAUGGAUGUUUUCAAUGAUAUACAAUUGGCUUUACGUAUUUUAAAGGUUUAUAUGGAUUCUAACAAUUCACCAGUUUUGUUGGCCAUUUAUCAACGUCUCAAUGCACGAAAACAAUUUCUUCAAAGUCUUAUAUACCUAGCACAACCACAAUGUAGCCAUAUCAACGAAGCACAAACAAUGUUGAAAAAACUUGCAGAAUCCUUGGACGAAGAAACAGCGAAGGACUCGACAUCUAUUUUGGGUUCGUUAAACCUUGGAUCAGAGGUAAAAGGCGCUUUCGAUCCCAAUAUCAAUCGAAAACUGACAUCUCAAGCACCACCAAGAACAGUGUCUCUGAAAUCUCAUCAGCAGUCGUAUCUAGAAUUUUCACAAACCAUACAACGAUUGGAAUCUAUUUGUGCCAUUACCAACUUUUCAUCUGUGGCGUCACUCAUGAAUUACUUUACAAAUUUUGCUGGCACUAAACCUUAUCCUGAUGCAUUCUCAAGAUCAAAAUUGAAUUCCUUAUUUUAUUCAGAUGGAUGUAUAUUUGGUAAAUAUCCCAUUGGUGCGUUGGUCACCGGUUGUGUAUUCGAUAUAAUACAACCUCCUCCACAUUGGUUUCAAUUCAAUCAAUCUGGUGAUUCUGAAUUACUUUCCAAGGCCAAAACAUCAUUACAUCGAUUUUUGGAACAAAGUGUGGCAUUACCAUUUGUGGAUUACUUUAAGAUUCAAUGUCAUAACCGAGCAAGACAGCGACGUAUAUUAUGCAAAGUACUUGGUGAAUGGGAUAUUCUUCAAAAAGAGGCACGUCUGGUGGACAAACAAUUCCAAGAAGCAGAGGGAUUACAAAACUCGACUUACUUUUCGAUAUGGGUGUAUACUAUUCAGAUGGCGAUGAUGGAGCAAAUUUUAUUACUUGGCUUUGAACUAGAAUUGUAUGGAGAUAGUGAAUAUAUCACGAUUUAUUGGUAUCACUCGUAUUUACAAUCAGCAUUGGAAACAUUGCAUCAACAGCACGAAGAUAAAACAACAAUACACGAUUAUUACGAUCAAGAAAGAACAGCGUAUUCACAGUAUAUCCAACAAUUGAAUGUGGUUAAAAAACAAAUGUCCUUAGGCGUUCUCAAGUUAUUACUUGCGAUGAAGAAAACAGGUCAAUGGAAACAACAACCAUUACAUUUUGAUGAUCCAGAAACACGAUUCAAACAUCGGCUCAAGCCAUUUGCAGUGCUUUCGUUCCCAGUGGCUCAAGAUUACACCCAAUUCUUACAACAUACAUCAAUCGAUCAUCUUACUGCGCGUGCUUUACUUGACGAAGCAUCGUCUUAUUUUGUUACUGCCAAGAAAACAUUGGAAAUCUUGAUUCGGGAACCCAUUACUGUGUCCAAAACUGAAUUAUGUCAUGAUACUUCACAAAAGGUAUUGAUGUCUAUGGUUAAAACCUGUGUUGCCAAUAAUAUCACCAUCUUGCGUUUAUUGAAACUAGGAGAGGAUGAUUCAACCAAGGUGAUGGUUACAUUCAAAUAUGAUCCAUGGUGGCCUAUUUUGCAGUUACAAGAACGACGUGUUUUAUAAUAGAAAUACAUCGGAACAAUGUUAUUAGAUUUUGCUUGGAUAGAUUAUGGAUGAAAUUCAAUAAAAUAUGUGUAUAUGUAUAGUAGAAUCAUAUGAACAAAUGAUAUAUAAAAGUCAUUU